UGAUAUAUCGCUGAUAUUUAUCGAAAACAAUAAUACAAAUUUCAACACUUGACAUUUUGGCUGUCCAGAACAGCUGGCAGAAAGCUACAAAUAGGUAAAUACGGUCGGCAAAAUUUGCUCUAGUGACAGACAUGACGCCGCCACCGCCACCACCACCAACAACGGCAACACAGCCCAAACAACAACCGCCCCCGCCAAAGGGCCAAAGCAUUGCACCCACUGGCGCUUUUCCAGGUUCACUCACUCCCGGGUGGAACGACCCGCCGCCAGUUAGCGCAGACGGGACGGCCAGCGCUGGCAAUCGUCGUCCCCGGCUUGAUCUGCGCAAACGCGUGGCGUAUCCCAUGAAUGGCAGCGAGAGCAAUCCACAAGCAACGCAGCCGCCACCGCCGCCGCUUUGAUGUGAUCUGGAACAGCUCGAACCGCGACACUGGCACCAAUGGCUGCCACGUCAGCUCUAGAUGUAAUCGCUCUUAAUAACGCAAGCUUAAUAUUUUCAAA